GUGUAGGACGCGUAGAAUGGAUCUAAGGGCACAGAGUGAACUGCAUUUGGUUUGGACUUGACUAUUAGAAAAAUGGACGGACAAAAGUCACAUUUGCGUGAGCUAAACGUGUCAAUAUAAAGUAUAUUCGUAUAAUUAAUGUACAGUUCCAGGGUUUAUGUAGUGCACGAGUUGUAUGGACGAGACAGCGGACGCAGCUAACCGAGUUUGCCCACAUAGCAGUGCGGCGCUAAAGCUAACUCCAGCCGUGAGAGAUUAUAUAUAUAUACUUUUGUUUACUUUACGGAUUUGUCCCAUAAACUCAAAAAAUGGUUAAUACAGUCCUGGGAGUCGGCACAGGGGUUUUCGUCAUUGCCGCUGUUUGGAUUGUGGCUCUGGUGCUUUGCAUGGUGCUUCUUCGAGCAGCUGGAUCAGUAAAGCUGGGAAUUAUCCCCAUUUUCCUCUUGGCUCUCACCAUCUCCUUGGCAUUGGGGUUUUUCCCUCGGACUCCAGAGACACGACCUGCUUUCAAAGAGAGAGAGAUAGUGGACAGUUUGUUCAUCGCUCGCUAUGUGCUGCUGGCAUUAGUAAGUGUGAUCUUUCUCAUAGCGUUGUUCAUGCUGCUCCCAUUUCAUUUUCUUGAGCCCAUCUAUGCCAAAGCUCUGAGAACACGCUAGAACCGCCGUGGUCAGAGCUGGCAAUGGAUCGAAUCCCUGAUGUAAACAACCUCAAAGGAGGAGCCAGCACUUUUGUUUUUGUAGGGGCACAAUUAUAACUUUUUAAACAUCCAGACUGAAAUUCAUAAAGUCACCUACAUUGUAUCAUAACUGGAGCUGAAGGUUCCAGAACUGACAAGCCCAAGCCAGAUUAAGUUCUUGUUGAAGCCGGAAGUUCAUGCAUUGGGUCAAGCUAAACACAAUAACAAAGGGAGAAUCCAAGGAAGUCAUCAACCAUCCAGGACUGAGAAUUGAAUAUUUAAACAAAUUGGGAAAGACAGAGGUGACGGAAUCAUGAUGGAAAACUGCCCAUAAACCUGAAGUCAAAUCCUCAUAUUUGAACCUGUAUGUAUUAUUGACCCUUGCAAGUACUGUACAUAUAGUAUAAUAUAGUAUAAUGAUUGAAACCAACAAAAAGAAUGGUGCAAAUAAAUCACUAAGGGCCCAAUUUUGAUAUUGGUUAUAUUAUAUGUCAACCUUUGUGAUUUGUGAUUUUUGGAGUGUCUGUGAAUGCAUCUUGCAAUUCCCCUGGCAACACCCAGAGGAGAGGCACUUUAGCAGCUCCUGGGAAAGCAAUAACCCUGGGAGUUAAUUUAGGUAUAAGUUCCAAUGUUCAAUAAAACUUGACAGACAUCACAGUCUGGGAGUGGAAGUUGUUUAUAACCUGGAGGACCACCAGUAUUUGUCUUAUGAUCAUUCUUCACCGGCACAGUGUGAGUUUAUUCCAACAACUUUAUUCCAGGUAUGAAUGUGAUGCCGAUUUGCGAAGCUCAAUUACAAACACUAUAUCCCCCAUCCCCCUGCUGUUGGGAAGCCUGGGGAGAUGUGGAGGGGAAUUCCAACCAGGAUGAAGUCGAGAGUCUUAAUGAAACAAAACCAAUCCUCUUAGUUCCGGCCCACAUCUCUAUACUGUGGUCCUUUUUUCAACGCAUCAAUCCACUGCAUGAUUUCACACAAGCUGGGGAACUGCACAUUUCAGCUGUACGAUCUGGAAACUGUUGACCCGGAGAUGACAUUUUGCCUGUAAUUGGCCCUUAAAGAAAGUGGCACUUGUUUUUUUUUAUUGUAAAAAUAAAACAUUUGAAAUAAAGUAUGCUUCACACUCACAUAAAAAGAAUAAUGUUCUUUUUCUUCAGCAGCAGUUACCUUAACUGAGGUAUGUGAGGUCUGUAGUUCUUUGGCUGUUGCUGUGGGGUCUUUUGUGACCUUUAUGAUGAGUCCUCAUUACACUGUGGGGGUCAUUUUUGGUUGACCGGACACUCCUGAGAAGGUUCACCAAUGUUCCAGUUUUUCAAUUUUUUAUUUUUUUUUGGAUAAUUGCUCUCACUGUGGGCGGCACGGCGGUCAAGUGGUUAGCAUGCAGACCUCACAGCUAGGAGACGAGGGUUCAAUUCCACCCUCGGCCAUCUCUGUGUGGAGUUUGCAUGUUCUCCCUGUGCAUGCGUUGGUUUUUGUCCGGGUACUCCGGUUUCCUCCCACAUUCCAAAAACAUGCUAGGUUAAUUGACGAAUGUGAGUGUGAAUGGUUGUUUGUCUAUAUGUGCCCUGUGAUUGACUGGCCACCAGUCCAGGGUGUACCCCGCCUUUCGCCCGAAGACAGCUGGGAUAGGCUCCAGCACCCCCGCGACCCUUGUGAGAAUAAGCGGUAGAAAAUGAAUGAAUGAAUGCUCUCACUGUGGUAUGCUGGAGUCCCAAAGCUUAAGAAACAGCUGUAUAGCCUUUUCCAGAAUGAUAGAUCUUUGCGCAUUUGCGUUCAUUUUUUGCGUUUUCAUUUUUGUGUUCAUUUAUGAUGCAUUUAAAGGCUGCGGAACAAAAAUAUAACGAAAAAAUAUAACUCAUGAGUAUACGAGGAUCUACUUUAUUGACCUAGACUGGAUUGCUUUUAGUAUCUGCUCAAUAUAUCAAAGUGCGGCACUCCUUGGAAAAAGUUACACACCCCUGAGCUAAACUGUAUUUGCACUUAUAAUAGAGGACUUUA